UCUUUAGCGUAGAGUGGCAUUUCUUUUCUUAGUCGCUGUGGAUGAGAAGAGGCGAACGACCGGAACAACAAAUACAAUCGACUCGGCGAGCCAUUGCGUUUGCCGACGUCACUCUAUUUAACAUUAUAAUUUAUAGAUAGCGCCACAAAUUUGACACGACUGGCUGCUGUUAAAAUAUCUUACAAUGAGUGGUGGGAGCAGCAUGGUGAUUCCUAUGGUGCUGUGGGGCACUCGUGCUCCCACUCACUGCAUCUCUGCCAUUCUGAUGACACCAGACACAAAAAAUGUCAUCACUGGUUGCAAUGAUGGACAGAUAUGUAUCUGGGAUGUGGCUGACGAGUGGCAGAUCUGGCCUAGAAGCCUUCUGUUUGGUCACACUGCUGCCAUCAGUUGUCUGGCAGUUGGUAGCAGUGAUCCAGAGCAUCCAUACAUUGUCAGCUCAUCAGAAAAUGGAGAAAUGUGUCUGUGGGAUACCAGCGAUGGACGAUGCAUCGAGCACACCAAAAUGUCUGCAAUUCAUUCUGAUAUAACUGCCUGCUGUUUUCGCUCCAGUAAAGAACUGCGGCUUAUCUGCAAUGGCUACUAUCCAGAGAUAUUGGUGAUGGACCCUUUAAGUCUUGAAGUUGUUUACAGCCUGUGUUCCAAAGUGGUGCCUGACUGGAUCAGCGCCUGUUGUCAUAUCCAGCCUCCACAAAGAGAAGAUGAUGUUCUUUUAGCCAUUUCUAACUCUGGUGCAGUCAAAGUAUGGACACUGACAGGCAAUGAGAGCAAGUCUAAAGCAAUCUAUGAAGAUGAGUCCAAGCAGAUCCGCUGCCUUAAUGCCCAGACCCUGACAUGCUGUCCAUACAACCAGAGGACUGUGCUUAUUGUUUGUGCCAAGUACUGGCAAGUAUAUAAUUUUGAACAGCAGUGUGGAAGAACUGUACAAGGGAUUUAUGAUGCAAGUGACUUCACUCUACUCUGCUCUGAAUCCAACCGUUGUGGUGAGCGCUGGGCUGGUGGUCAUUUUCUCAGCAUUGACCGAGUUAUUGUAUGGAGUACAGAUGGCCGUGGAUACCUGUACAAGUUACCAACAAAUUUGCUAAGAGGAAGAGCACUGCAAAGUGCUAAUCCAGAUAGUGUUGACUACCAUCGGAGUCACCACAGUUCUUCAGUGCAUGCCUACUAUAUCCUGGAUUUUUACAACAACCAGUGUCAGUCCUGCUUGCCAGCAAUAACUUACUUUCAUGGUACAAAAGAACAGAAUGCAAAGCUUCUGAUUCGAGGCGAUUCAUCAGGUCAAGUUGUCAUCUGGCAGCUGCCGGAAGUAUCUGAGAAACAGAUGACACUAGUUCGACAGGAGAGUUUUGACAGGUUGCCAGCACUGAUGCCCAAGGUUUGCACAGGAUUGGAGGACAUUUGGAACGCAUAUGAAAAAUGUUCCCCAAAACUUUUAGAUGGACUGCUAGAUGAGGAGAAGCCCCAGAUGAUCACAGCAACAAUAUACAUUCCAUCUCAGAGCAAGCUGGUCUGCGGGCGUGAGAAUGGAUCUGUUGUUAUUGUUCCUGCUGUGCAUUGUGUUUUGAUACAAUUAUUAUGCGCCAAAAAUCGUCCAAGAAAGGUGUUUCCUGUGAAAGUGCUAGAAGGACAUGAAGGAAGGGUGACUGCACUCCUCUAUCCGUUCAAUGAAUGCACCCGCUAUGAACCCCAUCACCUGUUGUCUGGAGGUGUGGAUUUCUCAGUUAUUUUGUGGGACAUCAACUCUGGAUGUCACAUUCAUACUUUCACCAUUCAUGGUGGUAUGGUGGUACAGCUCUUGGUCCCUCCUGCAAACUGCAAUGCACGUAUCUUGUCCUCUGUGUGCUCUGUGGCCAGUGACCAUUCUGUGGCACUGCUCAGUUUGAAGGAACGCAAGUGUAUUAUGCUGGCAGGACGUCAUCUAUUCCCAGUCAAAACCAUUCGCUGGCGCCCUCUGGAUGACUUUAUGGUUGUCAGCUGUACUGAUGGAACAGUCUAUGUUUGGCAAAUGGAAACAGGUCACCUGGAUCGAGUAGUUCACGGAAUUACUGCUGAGGAAAUCUUAAACAAUUGUGAUGAAAAUGCCUUACCUACAGAGAAUCUCACAAAUCCUUCCCUUACUCUGUCUCAAGCCCUCAAACGGCGCAAUUUUGCAACGUUCAGAAACCUGGCUCAGCAGAAACUACAGCAGAGUGUGACACAGCAGUCCUCUGCACAGGGGCCAAGAAUGGAGUUGAUAAAACCCACUGGCUUUCCACUUCUGCUUCAAGGCAUCCGUACAAAUGCCAGUGAUACCAAUUUUCAUGUCAUGUUUUUUGACACAGAAGCUUUAAUAGUUCAGCUGUUGACUGAAGAGUUUGCCACAUUAUCACCGGCUGACUUGGAGGCUCAUGGGCUAAUGAUGUCUGCACCUGAACGCCAAGCUGCCAUUCCCAGUGAUAUAAAUGAUGCUCAUCAGAAACUAGCAGGUUUUAUUGCCAAAGCAAAGGAAAAAGCAGAGAAUGUUGGUCAGAAAAUUCAGGCUAAGAUGGAUCAGGCAUCUUUGCAGCCAGUUGUAACACAGCCUCAGCAGAGUGUUGACCCAAGCCUACCCAGUAAAUCUAGCCUGCCACAAAGUAAUGGGGUAGUACCAGCAACAGUACCAAGUAGCCAGCCAGAGAAUGUCUUGACGCAAGAGCCAAUGACCAUGGACAUUGCUCAGCUCUUCAUGUCUUGCCUACAUGCCUGGGGCCUGGACCCUGAUCUGGACCGUUUGUGUACAAGCAAACUAGGUCUGCUCAAACCAAGCUGUCCAAUCUCUUUUGGAAUGCUAUCUCGAGAUGGUCACAUGUCACUUAUGCUGCCUGGUAAAGGCUGGCAAAGAAAUAUCCUCAAGAUCCCUGCCAGAUUAAAUGAAAAGGAUGACUUUCAAAGCAGCUUUGUGCCAACUGCAGUGUCAGCAGUGAACUCAGAUCAUAAGGGUUUGUCUUCACCUAAUAGACAAGAGUCUCAGAAAGUGAAGAAGCCCACUUUGCUUGCUCAGCGCAUGGGAAGUGUGCCUUUUGAUGAUGUUGCCUACAGCACAGAUGAUACCGACAGUGAUGGAGAUCACCGAGUGACAGAAGAUAAAGUCACUCAACCAGAAGCAGAGCAGCGGACUUCUCCUGGCCAACAUACACAGAAAACAAUGUCCACCAUCAGUCAAACAGAUGCAGAAGAUUUGGCUGUGAAAGCGCGCUGGCAGAUAUCAUCAGCUAUCACAACCCAGCAUUUGCUUAGUGUUAUUUCUGUGGCCAACACUCUCAUGUCAAUGAACAGGGCUACUUUUAUACGAGGACAACUGCCAGCCAGCAAGAGAAACUUUUCAGCAGCAGACUACCGAGGAGUGACUAGUCUUGAGCACGAAGUUGAUGGUGGGGAUGAUGAUGAUGGAGCAGAGGCAGCAGCACAGUCUCAGAUAAAGCAGGGAUGGAGUCUUCUGGCAGCUUUGCAUUGUGUCUUGUUGCCAGAGCUCAUUGGCACAGAACACUACAAGGCUCCACAGUUGGAAAUGCUGGCUAGACGCUGGCAGGACAGAUGUCUGGAGAUUCGUGAGGCUGCACAAGCACUUCUUUUGGCUGAACUGCGGAGAAUUGGGGCCGAGGGUCGUAAACGUGUCAUUGAUGAUUGGUCACCUUUCCUACCUACCUAUGUAGAUCCAACUCUCAGUAUUCUAGGUGAAACAACAAAGGAAGAAGAAGAGGAGGAAGAUGAUGAAGAUCAGAUGCUUGGAGGUGAUAUGCCAGCAAAGAUGUCAGUAACCUUUGACAGUCGACGAAGGCAGGCCACAGCUAUCGUGAUGCUGGGUGUGAUUGGUGCAGAAUUUGGACAAGAAAUAGAACCCAGCCGACGCAGAGUCCAGGAUACCAAAAAGACUAAACUUAAAAGUCAAGAAGGUUUUAGUCUUUCCAACUACUCCCUGUCACGUCACACAAGACUGUCUAUGACAGGCAAGGCACUCACUUUUCUUCUGCUAACUCCACCAAGUCCAAAGCUGCCAGCAUACACACCUAUCAGGCGAGCAGCAAUUGAUCUCCUAGGACGAGGUUUUACAGUCUGGGAACCAUACCUAGAUAUAUCUGCAGUUCUCAUGGGACUUCUGGAACUGUGUGUUGAUGCUGACAAAAUUGUGCCUUCAGUGACAUUUGGAUUGCCUUUAACACCUGCAGCAGAUGCAUGUCGUACAGCAAGACACGCUCUGACACUGAUUGCUACAGCAAGACCACCAGCCUUUAUCAUCACUCUAGCCAAAGAGGUUGCUCGCUAUAAUGCCAUGGCACAGAAUGCUCAGUCCCAACAUGCGCAGAUGCACAAUUCAGUUUUGGUGAGGGCUUCUUCAGAAAUCCUUCAUGUCAUUGAGAUGCUGGUUGAAAAAAUGCCAAAUGAUGUUGCUGAUCUGAUUGUGGAGGUCAUGGAUGUUACAAUGCAUUGCCUUGACCUAAAUCAGCUGAAAACUCGGGGUCUUCAGGAACUGUUCCCAGCAAUAUGCAGAUUUAGCAUGGUGUCCUACUGUCCCCAGACCAGAAGGAUAUGGGUGGGUUCCAAAAGUGGAGGAUUGGCAUUAUAUGAAAUGAAACAACAUGCAAAAUGUCAGAUGAUACAAGCCCAUCAUGGACCUGUCAUUGCUAUUGCUGUAAGUCCCGAUGGCAAGUACCUGGCAACUUUCUCACACAAGGAUCAAAAACUCAAGUUCUUCCAGGCUGCAUCAUCCUCAUUAUUUGGCUUGGGCACCCAGCAAACCAAGUGUGUUCGACAGUUUGUUACCAAGGAAAUCACAACAAAUUCUAUGACCAACAUCUUAAAAUUGGUGCGUCUUGUGUGGGUUGAUAAUCGCACAGUUGUGUUACUGACAGUUGAUGGUUCAGAAACCAAGUACUCAGUGUAAUGCCUCAUACAGUAUCAGUGUUGUACAAAGUAGCAGUUAAAUCAACUUUUUACAGUUUUUGUGGUUCUCACAUCCUCUGUUGCAAACUAAAGCAUAAAGAUAAAUGUCAACAGACUUUCUGCUGUGUUAUCAUGCAAACCUUUCUUUUUUUUUUGAUGGUACUAUGUCACGUGUACAAAGUAGUAAUGAAAUAUUUGUCUGCAAGAUGGCUGUGGACCAACUGAUGUGCAUAUUGGUAAAACAGACUUGUAUAAACUUGUUUUGUGAUAUGUAAAUUUUAAAACCAGAUUAUGUAGACUUGCUGUGUGAUGCACUAAAGGUAUGUACAGAGAAAUGUAUACAUGUUUUACAUUUGAGUGUAUAUUUAUGUACAAAAAAGUAUUUGACCAAAGUGAAUUGAGCAAUUAUAUUAUCUUGGUGAUGUACAUAUGGCAUUUAAGUGGGAAGGAUAUAUAUUCCAGGGGCCUAAUGUAGGAAGCAGUUAAAUUGCAGAAAUAUGGUACUCCCCAUAAUCCUAGGUCUAAGAUGAGAAACCAGAAUGUAUGGAGUGGUAUAACAGAAAGUCCCUAGGAAUAUCUGGUAUUUACACACAAACAGCAUAUUUGUGGAGAGUGAAAAAGUCCUAUGGCAGUUUUAAAUGAUAAAGAAUGUUAUCAGAGGAUUAUUAUUUUACCUGGAUAGACUUAGCACAUGACAACCACUUAAAUCAUCAUCGAACAAUCAUACGAUGACUUCAGAAGCCCUGACAGUCUGUUGUGCACUGUAAACACUCCAGCUGUUUGAGAGGGCUUAUAAGGCUGACAAAACGACUAUGACACCUUUGUUGUGCAUGUUUUCUAUAUUGUCAAAGAGCUUCUGAGCUGCAGUCUGCAGAGUUUUGGCCUUAUAGUUUUUGAUGAACUAGCCUGUAGAAGUCAUAAUUUGGAGUGUUUUCCUACCCCUAAGCAGGAUUAUGACUCCACCUCCUCCAUUUCUGGUGGCCUUUUCACCUGAUCCAUAUGUCCAUACGUGUCCAUGGUUCAUGGUGAUAUGCCUGGUGGAUGUACUCCAGGGAAAUUGUUUACCUUUUCGAUCUGUAACCCCUCAAAUAAAGCAAACAAUUUAUCUAUCAGAAAAAGAGGGUGUAAUCGGUUAAUACCACUCCUGAGUGUUACAGGUAUUUACAAACUUAAACAUUUUAAGAAUAUUGAAAUUUAAUGUAGAGCUGAAAACAUCCUGUAUUUAGUCAGGUAUGUGACAUCUAAAUCUAACAAACUUUGAUCAAAGUCGAGUACAACUGAUGCAUUGUUGUGGAAGCAUGAACAGAAAAGAAAGAUUUGCAAUGUCUUCUGUCCCUGUAGGUGUGCUGUGUGAUUGAUGCAUGUUUCUGUGUAAGUGACUAUGCUUCAUGGACUCAAAUUUGUGAAUAAAAAAAAAAAAGGAGGUUACUCUUUCCCCUCUCACCUUACACACACAGACGCUUGCACUUCUAGUUACAUGAUGAUAUCUUUUUUGUCUUCUUGUUGAAUAUAAAACAAAACAACCUUUCAAACUUCUCUUCAGAUAAAUCACAAAAAGGUUAUCUAUUUCAAAUGGGCUGUUCUGUUUGUGAAAAAUGGGAGCUCAAUACAGAAUAAAAGUGAAUAGCUUGACUAUAAAACAGACAUUUGAAUAUAAAAAGUAUUUUUCAGAAAAGGAAACAUUAACAAUGACUUUUUUAAUAAAGUUCCAUUAUUUUUUUAUAUUAAAUCUUCAUACAUGGGUGCAAACAUGACAGGAAAUAAUACCUCAGUCAGGGUAUCAAAAUUUUUGUUUAGUAUCCCAUUUUAAACAGAGUUAAGCAGCGGUUUAAAACACGCAUUUUGAGGUGUGCAGGCAGCAAGAUUAUGUGUCAAAAGUUGCAUAAUUAAUGAGCAUCAAGGACAUAGCAAUGAGUGAGGGGAACCACUUAGUGAAGACCAGGAUUUUAAUAUUGGUGCUUCAUAAAUUAGGCCCCAGGUGUGUGGGCACAAGUAGCUAUGAAUAUGGCUUGAGACUAUGUGUGUACCAAAUGCUGAUUUUAAUGUGUCAUUCUUAGUGCAUAAUAAGUCAUGUGUGUGUGUGUAACAGGUUUAAGAGUGAAGGAUAUCAUAUGAACAAAGGAGAGGAGGGUUGUGACGACAGUUUGGCUAAGAAUACUCUUCAAAAAUUUUACUUCAUAUUCAUCUCAUUCUUUCACUUUGCUUCUCAUAUCGUUUUUUACUUCUUUUGCCUGUUGGUCACUCCCUUUUGUUUAACUCUGAGCUAGGCACUGUUGUUAAUGCAUUUACAAACUGUUUAACCCUUUUACAGGGUUUCUUCCUCAGAUACCCAUUAAAUAUUGUUUUUAACUCUUAUGAGUAAAAGAAUGCUGCAAAGCUGCCUCUCCAUAAUCUUUCUUGUUUUCAAGCCUACUUUUGAAAAUGCAGGUGAUAUGCUCUAAUAAUGAUAACAAGAGGUGCAUUUUUAUAUCAAAUAUCCCCACUUUACAAACACUUUUUAAAGUUUUGAGUGUGCUCUUAGAUGGUCCAGUUUUUCUCUCACCAAACUUGGUGGGUUGUGACUAGGCCUGAUGCGCCUCUUUCUUUCUUUUCUCUUAAGGAGACGUUUUUUGUGUGUGGGGUUAUAAAUUUCAAAGAGUAAAGAGAUCAGAAGUUGAGUUUAAUGCUGUGGCCAGUGGACAACCAGUCCAGAAUAUAAAGGAGAGUGUAACAUGAUCUUGCUGUGAGAACAAGACUUGCUUCUGAGUUCACCUGGACUUUAUGAAUUAGGAGGAUGAGCCACAGAGCAAAGAAUUACAUCAAUCAAAUUUAGACAGAACAAAAGUGCAUAAGUGUUAUUGAUAUGCAUGAGAGAUGAGAACGCUUCUUUUGGCAGAUUAAUGCUGUUGAAAUCCUUUUGCAUGAUGUGAAAAAGUAUGUGUGUGUAUAUAUAUAAGCAAGGGUAUAUAAGGUGCAAUUGUUGUGAUGGAUGGAUACCUACAAUUUUAUUUUAAAAUUCUGGUUUACAAUAAAUAAAUAAAUUAUGCAUAUGUAACAUUGGA